UUCACCUGCUCUGAAUGUGGGAAAGGGUUCAGUCAAUCAUCUCAGCUGAAUGAACACCAGCGAGUUCACACUGAAAAGAUGCCAUACACCUGCUCAGACUGUGGGAAGGGAUUCACUCAGACAAAUCACCUGCUACGACAUCAGUUGGUUCACACUGGGGAGAGGCCAUUCACCUGCUCAGACUGUGGGAAGCGAUUCAAUCACUCGUCUAACCUACAGAGACACCAGAGUGUUCACACUGGGGAGAAGCCAUUCACAUGCUCUGAAUGUGGGAAAGGAUUCACCCAUUCAUCUCAACUGAAGGAGCAUCAACGAGUUCACACUGGGGAGAAGCCGUUCACUUGCUCUGAAUGUGGGAAGGUAUUUUCUUGGUCACCUGAACUGAAGAUACAUCAGCGAGUCCACACUGGGGAGAAGCCGUUCAGCUGCUCUGAAUGUGGGAAAGGAUUUAUUCGUUCAUCUCUGCUCUUAAGACACCAGCAAAUUCACACUGGGGAGAAACUGUUCAUCUGCUCUGAAUGUGGGAAGGGAUUCACUCAAGCGUCUAACCUACUGACACACCAGGGAGUUCACACUGGGGAGAAGCCGUUCACUUGCUCUGAAUGUGGGAAAGGAUUCACCCAGUCAUCUAAACUGAAGUUACAUCAGCGAGUUCACACUGGGGAG